AUGGUAAUGUUCACACUCAGCAUCUGUCAUCUAACCAUGACACCUAUAGUGUUGUAUUUUAUAUUUCUUUUAUUUCCGUAUAUCGAAUCAGCUCGUAUUCUGGCGGUGUUUCCAUUUCCUUCUAUAAGUCAUCAAGUGGUCUUCCGCCCUCUCACACAUGAGUUAGCAAGACGAGGACAUGACGUUACAGUUAUUACAACCGAUCCAGCCUUCCCGAAAGGACAAGCCCCAAAAACCUUAACAGAAAUCGACAUCCACGAUCUGUCAUAUUCAAGAUGGAAUAAACUUCUUUCAAACAUAGGUGACGGAGUUAUAGAUUUUACAAAACUCCAAGAUAUGAUGAAAACAUUCAUAUUUUCCGUAUACGAAGAACAAGUGAAAACGGAAAGUGUACAGAAGUUGUUAACAGACAAAAAUGAACAUUUCGAUUUGUUACUAGUCGAAGCCAGUUUGAGAUGUACGCUGGGAUUUUCGCACGUAUUCAAGGCUCCUGUGAUUCAAAUCAGUUCUUUUGGUGCGUUUGUUGACAAUCAUCAUAUAAUGGGUACACCAAUUCAUCCAUUACUUUACCCGUCAAUAUUCAGAGAUAGAUUUUACAAUUUGACAUUGUGGGAGAAAAUAAUACAAUUAAAGAAGGAAUGGGAUUUAUGGAGAUUGGUUGCAAAUCAUGACAUGGAUGAUGAGUUAUACAAGAGAUUAUUUGGUCCGGAUAUUCCAUCGCUUGAUGAGUUAUACAACAAUGUACAAAUGUUGUUCUUGAACAUGCAUCCCAUUUGGGAGAACAAUCGUCCAGUGCCUCCUGGAGUUAUAUAUAUGGGUGGACUUCAUCAGAACCCGGAAAAAGAAUUGCCUAAGGAUUUAAAGUCGUACCUCGAUUCCUCUAAGAAUGGAGUUAUUUACUUUAGUCUUGGCACAAACGUCAAACCAUCAAAUCUGCCAUCGAGGAAGUUAGAGGCAAUUUUAAAUGUAUUCACAAGAUUACCUUAUGAUGAGUUGUGGAAAUGGGACAAUAAUGAUUUACCAGGUAGACCACGUAAUAUAAAAAUAUCAAAAUGGCUCCCACAGUCUGAUUUACUGAGACAUCCGAAAAUAAAAUUGUUCAUAACUCAAGGUGGUCUACAGUCAACAGACGAGGCGAUAACUGCUGGAGUACCACUCAUUGGUAUACCAAUGCUGGGUGACCAGUGGUAUAACGUCGAGAAAUAUAUUCACCACAAAAUUGGAGCGAAGCUUGAUAUGGAUGACCUGACGGAAGACAAGUUAGAAGCCGCAAUAGUAAAUGUUAUUAACGACAAAAGCUAUCGUGAGAACAUAUUGCGACUGCGCAGUAUAAUGAGAGACCAGCCACAGAGUCCGCUAGAGCGCGCUGUGUGGUGGACAGAGCACGUGCUGCGUCACGGCGGCGCGCGUCACUUGAGGAGUCCGGCCGCCAACAUCUCAUUAACUCAAUAUCUAGAAUUAGAACUUGUAUUUACUCUAGCUAUUAUAUUAAUAAUCUUACUUUUUGUUAUAUGCGUAAUACUUAAAUCUAUUUGGCGAUUUUUACGCUUUAAGUUGCACCCCGAAAAUAAAAGUAAAAAAUGUUGAGUUAGUCUUUAAUCUAUACUAUUAUAAUAAAGCGUAA